UCUCAGCUCUUUGUAUCUUCGUCCUACUUUAGAAACAUUACUAUCAAGCAAACAUAUAAAACCAUAAACUUGAUCGAUCUCUAUCUCUUAAGCCUAUCAUUUAGUUCUCUCCAAUUUUUCUUGCCAGAUUAAUCUUAAGCUAGUCAUACCAUGAGUCACUACAACCAGCAUUACCAGGGUGCAGGAGUAUAUCCACCACCACCACCAACUUCAUACCCUCCGCCACCAGCCGGGGCAUAUCCUCCACCAGUUCAAGGAUACAAUCAAGGUCCUUAUGUUGUUCCACCACCAGUUUCAUACCCCAUGAAAACUGAGGGAUAUCCCCAAGGUCCUCAACAAUCAGUUCCCUACCAUCAGGAGAAAGGCAAAGGCGGCGGGUUUAUGACCGGAUGUUGUUCUGCCCUGUUUUGCUGCUGCCUCUGCGAUUUGUGCUGCUUGCCCUGCUCAAUCUUUUAAAUUAAAUUAUUCAGAUGGUUGUAUAUUCAUUUGUAUUUGAUUUAUGCCGCUGUAUCAGUAAUGUUCCCUUUUGUUUAUAAUUAAGCAGCUGAUUCGUUAUUACAGAGACCUUAAUUUCCUAUGUGUAAAAUCAUGUCGUGAUUAAUAGAUUUUGUUACGAGAUACUAU